UGUUUGGAGGGUUGGCCUGGGGGAGGCGAGCCAAUGGGGAGGCGCGAUCUUGCGCAGCGCCGGUGUUGUGGUGACGGUUGAGCGUGCCGCGUUUCGACCCUCCCGCGAUCGCGCUGGGACCGGUCCGGGAUGGCCUCCAGCUACAAGAAGACAUCACUGGGGGCUUCAGUUCAGAGGAAGAAGUCAGCCCCCAAAACUGACCUUACUGAAGAGCAGAAGCAGGAGAUCCGGGAGGCCUUUGAUCUCUUUGAUACUGAUGGGACUGGAAACAUUGAUGUGAAAGAGCUGAAGGUUGCCAUGAGAGCACUUGGGUUUGAACCCAAGAAGGAUGAGAUCAAGAAAAUGAUCUUAGACAUUGACAAGGAAGGAACUGGAAAGAUAACCUUCAGCGACUUUUUAGGAGUCAUGACCCAGAAAAUGGCUGAAAAAGAUUCAAAAGAAGAGAUCCUGAAAGCCUUCAGACUGUUUGAUGAUGAUGAAACUGGCAAAAUCUCUUUCAAAAACCUUAAGCGUGUGGCCAAAGAACUGGGGGAGAAUCUUACAGAUGAGGAACUUCAGGAAAUGAUUGACGAAGCUGAUCGAGAUGGCGAUGGGGAGGUCAACGAGCAGGAGUUCUUGCGGAUCAUGAAGAAGACCAGUCUCUACUGAAAUGUUCGGCAUGCCAUGUCUCAGUGUGUGCUGUUGAGUCUCUCUGCGUGUUGGCUGAGUUUUGUGUAUGUGGCUCCUCUUGGGAAGAGAUGAGCAGUUGGCUGAAUCUCACCAGCUUUCUGAGAUGACCCUUGUGGUUUUUUUCAUACCAUGAUAUCAGUUGUCUUUCUCUCCUGCCCCCUUCCCCUGACUCUUCUCUCAUUGUUGUAAAUAUAAAAUAUGGAUUUGAAAUACAAAA